CAUCCCCUAAACCUUAAGCUUAUUUUUCUUGUAGGGUUUAAGCGCGUUGUGAAUUUCGGGCAACCGUAGAAGACUACUAGUCUUCCAUGGAGACUAUCGUUGCAUCAAUCUGGAGCAGUUUCCGGCGGGUACCUCCGGCUGCGAUUCCGGCUAUGAUGGAUUGUAUACUCGCUGCCACCGCCGUAUCUCCAUCUUCACUUUUCUCUGACCUUGCCAAUGAAUUUCCCAAUCUCAUUAAGGUUAUUGAACAAGAAAGUGAAAUGGUGGAGAGUGAGUGGCGUAACUGUGUUUUGACCUAUGUUGCCGCCCUUUCUCACUUCCUAAAGAAGUCUGGUACUCAUCACAUGCAUACGUUUGUUUGGAAAGUGUGGAUUCCUUUAUUGAAGUUAACACAUACAUAUGACUACGAGCUAUUUAAUGAGGUUACAAGUUUGUUCCUUGAUGUUAUAAUCGGAACAGACAGCUGGGAGGUUCUUGAAGAAACGGUGGUGCCUCUCAUGUUAAGAUCAAUUGGCCAAUCAAUGGGAGUAUUUAAAAGUGCAGAGUUGGCAAUAUAUAACUGGAGCGGCCAUACUAUUUUUGAGCGUUCCAUUGACAAGGAUUUGAGCUCAAAAUCUUUCGAUAAUUCUCGCCGCAAAUUGACUGAAAAGUAUAUACCUACAGAUUUUUCAGUUUCUAACUCAUAUGAUUUUCCAUUAUCUAUGUCUUGUAAUACAUUAACUUUGACUCUGGAUGCUGCUCUUCGGAAUAAACACGAAGGAAUUGUUUCUGGGUCAACCUCAACAAAUGGGUCCCAAGCAAUUUUGUUUGCUGGGAAUAUGCUAUGGGACCUUUGUAAUCUGAGUCUUCAAAUGCUUUCUCAAAGUUUUGAGCAUCGAUCUUCGGCGAUCAGAUUUCUUCUUCCAUUUAUAUUUAAAUCAUUUGCACAUAAUCAUAGCUUCCAAGUUGCAGCUCCUGGGACGCCUCGUGUAUUGACCAGGAAGGAAUUUUUUAUGAAAAUAUGGAAAUGUUGUAAGUUAUUAUUUUCUCUGGGGUCAUUGGAGAGAAGAGAUGCUUAUGAUAUACUUUCUCUAUAUUUAUCCUCUUCAUCAACUGAUGAACUUAAAGAUGUGAGUGGAAGAGAGGAGAUAAAUGAGUUAAAAUCUGACCAAGGAUUUUGGGACGAAAUAAAGAGAGGCUUGGUAAAUAACUUUUUUUGAAUUUUUAUUGAGUUUUUUAAUCAAUUAUCUUACUGUUUGACACAUCCUUUAAUAACAUUAUACACUAUUU